UCGCCGCCAUUUUCCUCAGAGCGGAAGGAGGAAGAGCAGAGGGAAAACAUUAAAGUGUUCCAGUGAAAAAUCCUCAUUAAAUAUAUAAUUUCUGUAAUGGAAGUCCCUGGACCAGACAGCGACUGGAGGAGCCCUCAGUUUCGACAAAAAGUCGUCGCUCAAAUUGAGGAGGCAAUGAGGAAGGCAGGAACGGCACACACUAAGUCGAGCAAUGACAUGGAGAACCAUGUUUAUGUCAAAGCCAAAUCCAGAGAGGAGUAUUUAUCGCUGGUGGCGAGGCUGAUCAUACACUUCAGAGACAUCCACAAGAAGACUCUUGGUGGUCCAGAUCCCAUGAAUGCCCUGACUAACCUGACAGGGGUUGGAGGGGGUCCGGGUGCCAUUGGCAUGGGGCCUCGCCCCACCGGUGCUCCAGUGGGUGGCAUGGGGGCCAUGGGGCAGAUGCAGAUAGGCCAGCAUGCCAUGGCAGGGGUGGCUGGAAACCCACAAUCCAGUGAGUGUGUUUCCUCCAUGUGGUGUGUGUCUUCUGUUAAAGCUGAUCUUUCGUUCCGGGGAUGCUGGCUGCGUUUAAACUGCAGAUUUUGGUGGACCGAGUCGGUCUUCCUUUCGGUCUUCGCUUCGGCACGUUGUGUGUCUGAUACUCCAGAGCUUUUAGGGGGUCCAGGACAGAUGCCGAUGCAGCAGAUGGUGCAGGCUCAGCAGCAGCAGCAGCAACAGCAGCAGCAGCAGCAGCAGUCGAUUCAGUUCCAGCAGUUCCAACAGGCCCAGCAGCAGCAGCAGCAGAACGCCAUGCAGCAGCAGCAGAACGCUGCCAUGCAGCAGCGGCAGUUCCAGGUGCAGCAGCAGCUGAGGGUGCAGCAGCUACAACAACAUCACAUCACCAAACACUGCUUCUUGUGUCUGCAGAUGCAUCAGACGACGAUUCAGCAGCAGCAGAUGGUGCAGCUGCAGCUCCAGCAGCAGCAUGCUCAGGCUCAGGCACAAGCCCAGGCUCAAGCUCAGGCUCAAGCUCAAGCUCAGGCUCAGGCUCAAGCUCAGGCUCAAGCUCAAGCUCAGGCUCAGGCUCAGGCUCAAGCUCAGGCUCAAGCUCAGUCCAUCCAACACAUGGUUCAGCAGCAACAACAGCAGGUUCAGAAUCAGGCUCAGCCUCAGCCCGGUCAGAUGCCUCCACACACUCAACAGCAGCAGCAGCAGCAGCAGCCCGGCAUGGUGCCUCAGUCUCUGGCCGGACAGAUGGCUUCCGCUCAGCACGUUCCCAUCAACUCGCUCAGUCAGCAGCAGCAGCAGCAGCAGCACCAGCUCAAGAUCCAGGCCUUCCAGACCCGAGCAGCCAUGCAGCAGCAGCAGCAGGUGCAGGCGCAGCAAGCGGCACAGCAGGCCGCGGCGCAGGCACAGCUCAACGCAGCUGCUGCAGCCGGCUCAGCUGUCCCGGGACAGUUGGUUCGUCCUGGGAUGAUUACCACCCGGAUGCCUCGAGCCCCCCUGAACCCCUCCAUCCCCCCUCAGAACGUUGCUGCUGCGGCCGCAGCUGCCGCCGCCGCCGCUGCCGCCGCCGCUGCAGGAGGACAGCAGAUGACACAGCAGGUGCAGCAGCAUUCCAUGAUGUCAUCGCCCUCACCUGUACAAGUCCAGACCCCACAGUCGAUGCCUCCCCCUCCCCAGCCGUCACCUCAGCCCCCCACCUCGCAGCCCAACUCAGCCAGCUCCGGUCCCACGCCGUCUCCGGGGGGUUUCCAGCCUAGUCCAUCGCCUCAGCCCUCACCGAGCCCCGCCAACAGUCGAACCCCCCAGAACUAUGGAGUCCCCUCCCCAGGGCCGCUCAAUACUCCAGGUAACCCGAGCUCGGUGAUGAGUCCGGCUGGACCCACGUCUCUGGAGGAUCAGCAGUACAUGGAGAAACUCAAACAGCUCUCCAAAUACAUCGAACCUCUGCGCAGGAUGAUCAACAAGAUCGACAAGAACGAAGACAGAAAAAAGGACCUGAGUAAGAUGAAGAGUCUGUUGAACAUCCUAACUGAUCCAAACACCAGGUGUCCUUUGAAGACGCUGCAGAAGUGUGAGAUCGCUCUGGAGAAGUUGAAGAACGACAUGGCCGUGCCGACGCCGCCUCCCCCUCCAGUUCCCACCAAGCAGCAGUAUCUGUGUCAGCCGCUGCUGGACGCCGUCAUGGCCAACAUCCGCUCUCCGGUCUUCAACCACUCUCUAUACAGGACCUUCGCCCCCGCCAUGACCACCAUCCAUGGACCCCCCAUCACGGGUCCCAUCGUCUCGGGCAGGAAGAGGAAACACGAGGACGACGAGAGGCAGACCAUCCCGAACAUCCUGCAGGGGGAGGUGGCUCGCCUCGACGUCAAAUUCCUCGUCAACCUUGAUCCUUCGUUCUGCAGCAACAACGGCACCGUGCACCUCGUAUGCAAGCUUGACGAUAAAAACCUCCCCAGUGUUCCUCCUCUGCAGCUCAGUGUUCCUGCAGAUUAUCCUGAUCAGAGUCCGUACUGGGCCGACGACGGGGAGCAGUAUGGUGCAAACGGCUUCCUGCAAACGGUCCACAAAAACAUGACGUCCAAACUGCUGCAGCUGCCUGACAAACACUCGGUGACGGAGCUGCUCAACACCUGGGCUCAGAGCGUCCGCCAGGCCUGCCUGUCUGCUGCAUGAAGCCCCGCCCACCUGAGGUCACCUGACAGCAUUGCUUUGACACAAAGACACUUUUUUUUUUUUUUAAAUGACGUAAACACUAAACGUCUGACCUUGGACAGGUUUCAUCAGUGAAGUGUUUAGGACAAACGGCUCCACCUGUUGACGGUUUUCAUUAACAUCAAGAAGCUGCUGUGUCCCACGCUCCUGAACGCUCCAUGAGCUCAACCUGCGGAUGUUAACAGAAUGACAUACCUGAUCAAAUCCCUGAUGCAUUCUGGGAAAAUUAAGACUAUUUGGCAUGAUGCUGAUGGAGCCCCCUCGCCUGUUUACACCUGCGUCAUAGAGUGUCCUUACGUCGACAUGUUUCUGCUGUAUUCAAAAGCCUUAUUGUGAAACAGCAGAUUUUAGCCGCUUACUUGUAUUUAAUUUGUUUCUGCAUCAACAGGAAACAAAAAAAGGGAAAAGAGUAACAGAACCGCAUGUAACAGCUGAACUCUCAAAUCUCCCGAUAUAUAUUCUGCUCCCCUGAAUGCAACACAGAAUGGUUUGUGUUUGUUUGAAUGAGUUUCUGUUUUUGUACCUCAGAGAGGAUCUGUCAUAAAGAACUUUAAGAAAUGUUUGUACACUUUGCUUUUCAAAGUGAAAAUAUAAAUGUAUUUUUUUGCUAUCAUAAUUAAACCUUUCAGUUUCAACUUUUUAAA